UUUCAUAAUCCCCGCACAUCAAAAUGGCGACGAGCAGCAGCGGUUCCGAUCCUCAGCAGCCACCAGAAACGAUGAGGCGGGUGGACCUCAAACGGGACGAGAUUAGCCAAAAGGACCGCGAGUACAUGGCCAGAAUGUCCAGGGCGCACAUGGAGAGCGUGCAAAAAUUGUCCAGAGCAAAGUACAUCAGGAGAAAUGUCUUUGUUGCGCUGUGCUUGGGAGCUGGCGUGCUUGGCGUGUAUGGCUAUUCAAUUUAUGCAGUUUCGCAAGAAGCCUUCCUGGAGGACUUUGAAGACCCUAACAAGCCCAAGGACUUAUGAUGGUGCUAUGGAUGCUGAGGUCAAAGGGCACCUCCCAGAAUGCAAUUGGAAAAUUCAAUGCAACUGAAGUUUGCCUUUGUGCAGUACAUCAUAUUACAUGUGUCAGGAGAUCAGCUGCAAGUGCGCCCUCUGGAGUCAGCGGUCAAUCUACAAGUGUCCUAGUCUUCAUCAUGAACAAGUUCCCUCUGUGUUUCCAGACUCAUUGUCAUUCCAGACUUUGUACUUGCGGUUUUAUGAAUACAUAUAUUGUGACAUGCACCAUCCGGUUCGUAAGUGUGACGUCACUUCAGUUUAAACCACGCCCGGUGCUCAUGAACUGCACGUAGAGUUACAUGCAUUAAUCGCGGCUUACAUGGAAUCAUGGAACCGGAAGUUAACACGCAACAUCAGCAAUUGUCCAAUGGGAGCCUGCAAAUCAUGGCGCGUCCACCUUUGUGACAAAGUCACUUACGAACCGGAUUCCUCUGCAUUAGCUAGCAGAUGAGGUUAUUGACCCGUCACCAUUUGCGAGUUAGCCGCCCCAUCAGAUAACCUUAUAGACUUUUUUCCUGUGAUGUCACAAUCGUGCUGGACCUAUGAUGUGAUGGUAAUAAGUGCAUAGUGUUGUGAUGGUAAUCUACCGAUUCAAGAUAAACUAGUCAAGCAUGCAGCGUUUGCACGUGGUUGAAGCUGCCCAUAGGAAUACAUGCGAUCACUGUGGCCGAGGCGGUCCACACGGGGUUGUAUUGUUUACAUUUAGUCACAUGGAUGAAAAAGGCCUAUAGAGGUAAUGCAUUGCUGAUGCAUCGGAGGCUGUUCUUUGAUUUCAGUUUUAAUGAAGGCACCAAAGGUUUACCUAAGCCUAUCCUAGUGAUACAAAGGAGUGUAAAGAUGUCUUAGAUUGUCAUCAGCGCUUUCAAUUUUCUUUCUGAGCAAAUCGUUGGUUAUAAAAAUUUUGUUAUAAACUGCUGAGCACAGUGAACAUUUUGUAAAAUACAGACUUAAAUGAAGUUGAUUUGGCUUUGCGUCGGAAAUGUUGAGUUUAUACUUAGGUUUUGCCCUUACACCGAUGUAUAUAGAUGAAUUCACUCUGGAUGUCAUUGUAGUUGCUGGGAUUCGAACCCACGACUUCUUGCUUACUAGUGCAGGUGUCUAAACCACUCAAAAACCACGUUUGCUGGGAUCAGGUGUCUUGGUUCGAAUCCAAAUGCAGCCGGAGGUACUGCCUGCCAGUACAGAUUUAUUGUGUUUCUAUUCAGUGGUAGGUCGGUGAAGUUGAAAACUCUUAGUUCAGUUUGGCUUAUUUUAUGUGCUACUUCCUGCAGUUUUUUUUUUAAACGUGUGUAAAAGGUAUUAACAGUGUGAGUAGAAACUAUUUCAGUCGCGCAGAAAGUAUUUGGAUGUAGGAUUGCUGACAGCUGUCUCAGAACAGGCACGAAAAUAUUUGAUAUUGCCGUCAUUGUCGACUCCA